AUGAAGAAUCAACCCAAGACUCAGGAGACUAAGAAAGUACCAAAGCCAGUUCUAAGACGUUCCACUAUCGAACGCCUUGCAACUGCUCGGAACACUUCCAAGGUCUCAUCAGCUGAAUCAAGACUAAACCAGCCAAAAAAGCCGACACUGAAAACCGGAUCUCAGAAGGCUAAAUCAAACACAAACAAAGCAAAAGCUUCAGAUAAGAAAAGUGGCACAAAUAAGGCUCAUUCCAAUGACUCUGAUGCACAUGGAAAGGAUUCAAACGAGAUAACAGUCGCACCCGAAACAACUCAACAAAUUGCUAUUGUUGAUGAUUCCAAUGACAUCCAGGAGUUGCAGAAUAAAGCUCAUUCCAGUGAUUCUGAUGCACAUGGAAAGGACUCAAAAGAGGGAACAAUUGCACCCGAAGCAACUCAACAAAUUGCUGUUGUCGAUGAUUGCAAAGACAUCCUAGAGUUGCAGAGUACUACAUUGAUCGUAACACCCGAAGAAAAUGAAAUUUCUCAAAGCUACAAGGGGAACCAUCUUAUUGAAGAUAACAAGCCAGUGCAAUCAGAUCAUGUAAAUGCAGGAGAUUGUAAUGAAGAUAUUCCUGAGAUGAUCACAGUUGAUCCCGCUCCACCAUCGCCUAACAAGACUGUCGCAUCUUCGACCGUAAACAUCAAAACAAACAGCGACAUGAAUGAAAAAGAUGAGUCACCAAGGAUCAUCUCUGAAAUAGAGAUCAACUCCACUCCGCCUCCGCCAAAUGAAGUAAUGGAGAAAGAACCUGCCGUGCACUCCAAGAAGAAAUGGAACACUGGUCAAAACUCUUCCAAAGCAGCCAAAGGGUUUAGAAAGCUUCUUUUCUUCGGAAGAAAAACAAGUAACUCCCAUACUUAA